AUGUCCAACCCCAACUCUAACACCCCAUCGAUCCCCGUUGAUCACCCUGGGGGUUCUGCUCCUGAACUGUCGAAUACUUCCCGUGGCUCGGGAGAUUCCUCCUCCUACGCCAUCGACCGGUGGUUCAAUGAACCCAAGGAAGACGCUCCCUUCGACACCAUUGGCAUGGUGCAGACGGGGCCCUCCCAGUCAGCCGUCACCGGGGCGGGAGGGGGAACGCACUCUUCAGCCGAUGCCACGGAUGGCUCGUCGCGCAAGGCUUGA